CAAUCAGAUGGUAUUGGAGUUCAGCGACAACAACAACAUUAUGCGCACUGUACUACACAAGGCAGAAGAUAAUGCGUCACUCUAGCGCUCGCCAUCAUCGCCAUGACAUGCAUUAUGUGUUAUAACAUGAGCAGAAUGUUCGCCGAUGAUCUAGGCGACAGAAUUUGAAAGUAGCUGAUAUUACUAACUCUGAACCGAGCAGCCUCCAUCCAGCCACUUAUUUGUCAUCACCUAGUUCAGCAUUUACUGAAACAGACGUGAGAAUUUAAAGUCUUCAGCAUGUUUCGAUUGGGGCGACUCGGCCAUGCCCGCGCUUUGACGCUGGCGGAGAGGCCGAAGAGGACUGCCUUCAGCAACAUAACCAAGCAGAAGUACUCCAGCUUGGUAUCAAAGACUUCUGUACCCUCGACUUGUGUCCUUGGCUGUACUAAUACCCGCCAUCCCAGAUGGGCGCAACAAAUGGAAGUAUACCGCUGUCAGCAAAACUGUUCCCAGUCAACAGACAGCGAGUCGCGAAAACUCGAUAGAGUGUACAAGAGACAUGAUUACUUCCCUGAUCGCCAUAUCGGGCCAAAUGAUGCGGACAUUAGUGAGAUGCUCUCAUUUAUUGGAGCCGAGAGUUUGGACGGUCUCAUCGAGCAAACAGUACCAUCCAGCAUCCGCAUCCAGAGGCCCUUGGAUCUCGACAAGGCAAUGACCGAACCUGAAAUCAUCGGUAGAUUGCAGCAAAUUGCCGAUCAGAACCAAUUGUGGCGUAGUUACAUCGGCAUGGGGUACUACAACUGCUGGGUACCAACCACGAUACAGAGAAACAUCUUGGAAAAUCCUGGCUGGACCACGCAGUAUACCCCAUACCAGCCGGAAAUCUCCCAGGGAAGGCUCCAGAAUCUCUUGAACUAUCAAACCAUGGUUGCAGACAUGACGGGGCUGGACAUUGCCAACUCCUCCUUGCUGGAUGAGGGAACAGCCGCAGCUGAAGCUAUGACUUUGUGUGGCAGGCACACAAAGAGGAUGAAGUUUUUCGUCGACCAAAAGUGCCAUCCCCAGACUAUAGCUAUUGUGAAAACCAGAGCCAGACCACUGGGUAUCGAGGUUCAGGUUGUUGACAGGGGUGAAGCAGAUUUCACCGGCGGCGAUAUCGCUGGGAUUUUGUUCCAGUAUCCCGACACGGAUGGUAACAUUGAUGACCACCAUGACCUAGUUGAGGCAGCUCACAGCCACGGGGCAUUGGCAGCCUGUGCCACCGAUCUCCUAGCCCUCACCCUCAUCAAGUCCCCCGGGGAGAUCGGAGUGGACAUUGCGGUAGGCAACUCCCAGCGUUUUGGGGUCCCCCUGGGCUACGGUGGACCCCACGCCGCUUUCUUUGCUGUCCGGGACAAGCUGAAGCGACAGAUUCCUGGUAGGCUGGUUGGAGUCACAAGGGACGUGCAAAACAAACCAGCAUACAGGCUAGCGCUGCAGACCCGUGAGCAACAUAUCCGCAGGGACAAGGCAACCAGUAACAUAUGCACGGCACAGGCUUUGCUUGCAAACAUGUCGGCGAUGUACGCCAUUUAUCAUGGCCCAAAAGAAUUAAGGCACAUAGCAACCCGUGUCCACAACGCCACUCACAUACUGGCCGAAGGGAUAAAAAGAACAGACCACACCAUCGAAACAGGGGAGUUCUUCUUUGACACGCUCAAGAUCCGAUGUGCAGGAGACAAGAAUGACAUGGUUCAGAGGGCAGCCGAUAAGAAGAUCAAUUUUAGGCUGUAUGAAGACGGAGCGGUUGGAGUAUCGAUGGACGAGACAGUGGAAGAGAAAGACCUCAACGACUUAUUGGAAAUCUUUGGAUGUGAGGCAACUGCUGCAGAUAUUGCGGAUUCCUUUCCCGGGGACCAGCCCCCUGGCUCGAUAACGGAGACCAGGCACUCUCGAACAACUCCCUACCUCGAACAUCCCAUUUUCAACACCUACCACUCAGAGACCAGCCUUGUGCGCUUCAUGAAGAUCCUGGAGAACAAGGACCUGUCUCUGGCACACUCCAUGAUUCCCCUGGGUUCCUGCACGAUGAAGCUCAACAGCACAACUCAGAUGAUGCCCGUGUCGUGGCCAAAGUUCUGCAACCUUCAUCCUUUUGUACCCCUGAGUCAAGCCGAGGGGUACAAGGUGCUCUUGGAGGAGCUGGAGCACGAUCUCUGUGAGAUUACGGGUUACGAUAAUAUCUGCUUCCAACCGAACAGUGGUGCCCAAGGUGAAUACACAGGCCUGAUGGUCAUCAUGGCUUAUCUGGCUAGCAAAGGAGAGGGGCAUCGUAAGGUCUGCCUGAUUCCGAUGUCGGCGCACGGAACCAACCCGGCCAGCGCCAGUCUGGCCGGCAUGACGGUCAAACCAAUCAAGGUUCUGGCCAAUGGCAGCAUCGACUUUGAGGACCUCAAAAAACAGGUCAACACCCACAAGGAUGACCUGGCAGCAACCAUGAUCACCUACCCAUCCACCAAUGGUAUCUUUGAGGAGGGCAUCUUGGACAUGUGCCAGCUGAUCCACGAGAGCGGGGGCCAGGUGUACGUGGACGGGGCCAACAUGAACGCUCAGGUGGGCAUCUGCAGGCCAGGUGACUACGGGGGCGAUGUCUCGCAUCUCAACCUGCAUAAGACGUUCUGCAUACCGCACGGUGGGGGUGGCCCCGGCAUGGGGCCCAUUGGAGUGAAGAAGCAUCUUGCGCCGUUCUUUCCCACCAAUCCCAUCACGCCCCCUUCCAGUACCACCCAGCCUGGUGCAGUGCCCCUGGGUGCCAUCAGUGCCGCCCCCUGGGGCUCCACCUCCAUCCUACCCAUCUCCUGGGCCUACCUCAAGAUGAUGGGCCUCCAGGGGCUGCAGAAGGCAUCAGAAGUUGCCAUCCUCAACGCCAACUACAUGAUGAAGAGGCUGGAGGGCCCCUAUAAAAUUCUGUACAAGGGGCACAAGGGUUUCAUCGCUCAUGAGUUCAUUGUCGACACGCGGGAAUUCAAGCAGACAUGCGGAGUGGAAGCAGCUGACAUCGCCAAAAGGUUGCAGGACUUCGGGUUCCACGCUCCCACCAUGUCUUGGCCGGUAGCCAACACCCUCAUGGUUGAGCCAACAGAGAGCGAGGAUAAAGAUGAGUUGGACAGGUUCUGCGACGCCAUGCUCUAUAUCCGCGAGGAGAUCGACGAGAUCAUCGACGGCAGGAUAUCUCUGGAACAGAGUCCCCUCAAGAAUGCCCCUCAUUCCCAGAGCAUUGUGAUGGCCAAUCACUGGCCCUGGCCCUACACCAGAGAGCAAGCUGCAUUUCCCAUGCCCUUUGUCAAACCAGAGACCAAGUUUUGGCCAUCCGUCGGUCGUAUCGAUGACGUUUACGGAGACCAGAAUCUGGUGACCUCAGCCCCGCCGAUGGAAUCGUAUGAAUGAAGCAGGCUCCUCUCCGCAGGUUUUUUCUCUCUGUUUGUCCUUUUUACUCCUUUUUUUCUAAGAGUCCAAAUUUACUUGAAAAGUAUUCCAAAUGGAUUCUUCAUUUUUCCCAAGAUGACAAGGGUGAGCUUGUUAAGGACGUUCUUAGCUUUUCAAGAUACUUCAGGUUGUUUGUGGUAUAAAUCGUUCAUGCUCCAUCCACGGUAACCCUGUCCCUGAGCAAGACCCCGCUGCUGCCUGUCAGCCCAUGUAGAACGCUGAAACUUGGAUGCCAGAAUUCCUUAGGAGUGACAAAAAGCUUACCACUAUUGAAAUGUUAAUGAUAACCGCCCAAUUAAUCAAUCCACUUGCCUGAUAGCACCCAAACUCAUUGCAUUAUAGGCUAGCUGGAGAGUGAUUUCUCGCAUCCCCUAUACAAAGUUCCGAUACCGAGGUAUUGAUGUACUUGGCGAAUGUAUUAAUCAUUGCAGUUGGAAAAAGCGCCGCAGUGCUAGGUAACGAGCAAUACAAAGGCAACAACAAACUUCCCCAUCGGAGCCAGCUGAAGACAUGGCCAAAGAAGGCAUCAAUUAGAAGUCUCUGUUAAACGGGUCUCCUCUGGUACUGAGCACAGAACGGUGUCUCAAGUUCCCGGCCCCUUGAUUUAUCCCUUUCCUCAUCCCAAACCCUACUGAGGGUUUGCAUGGCUGCCAUCUUGCGGGCCAGUGCUUUUGUUCCACAGGGUAUGCACAGAGGAGUUUUCCCCUGUGGAAUAAAAGAACUACCUUGCAAGAUGGCUACCACGCAAAGCCUCUACUCCCAAGCUGGUGAAGCUUAUGGACUUUUACGAGUAUUUGAACUUAAAAUUAAAGGAGGAAUGUUGAAAAAUGUUUUGCAGGGAAGCGCAUGCAAAUGUGUCCUGAGAGCUUUCUGUCUGAAAGCUUUUUAAACAGUUUUAAAAUCUGCAUUUUUUUAAAAAGAAAUGCCGGUAUGUGAAUAAAUUAUAAUAGUAAUAUUAUGUAUGAUGACUUGGUUCAUAAAAUCAGACACCACAUCUACCAAUUUUUUAAAUGUGCCAUGCCUGGUUUAUUCACCACUCUAAAAGCAAGCCAGCCAUGUGAUGUUAUGCUGCAUAUCUUCGGGUUUAAGAAUUUCAGCAACUGUUGAUGAUGAAGCAGCAGACUGUUUGUGUGUGGUCCACUUGUGGGAACAGUGUUACUGUUGACCAACAUUUGCGACCAAUUUGCCCAUUGGACAUGCACAAAGUGGUCGCAAAUGUUGGCAACGUUUCCACACAAAGAACGCACCGACGGUUAUUUUCUGUUUCCUGUGUUAGACUGUGUCUGAAUUACGUGGCUUUUGCAGGCAAAACCCAUCAUCUCUGGGAGAUGGUUACAGCCAGUGGCUUCAACAGAUUUGAGCAUUAAAUCUAGCCACAGCCAAGUAGAUGUAAUUCCAAUGUAGCAUAGGCUAAGAAUCGGGCACUAGUUGAUUUAGAGUGGCCAACUUAGGUCACCCUGGUAUCACUGUUCAGAGCUGUUUAUAGAGAGAGCAGUGACAUGAGCGUCUCAACUUUUGGAAACAAAAUGGUGGAAUGUACAUCAGUGCACAUGGACAAUUAGCACACAAUAGCUGCAUGCUGUACUGCACGCAUAACGAACAGCCAUUUUGGGUCCAAAGUCUGAAGUUCACGCUACUCUCUGUAUACAGCUCUGACUUUUGGGUGAACAGUAUAAAGAUACUUCCUUCUAAUGCUUUGCUUUUCUUAUUGAGUUACUUGAAAUUAGCAUGAGACAUGCGAACUUUGACAUGACAAAUCUCCAAUUUCUUCUACAGUUACCCCAGUAAUACAGUUCU